AUGGCAACAAAGACAACAAUGAAAUGGUCGAUUUUAUUGGCGGUUUUAGUAUCCAUGGUUAUUGUAAACAAAGUAGCCUCCUAUGAUAGGACAAAGUGUAGUGAAACCGUGUUGAAGUUGCUGCCUUGCGAGGGCUAUUUGACAGGCGACAAAGAAGAUCCAAAGCCUUCUCCGGAUUGUUGCAAAAGUGUCAAAUCAUUGGAUGAAGCUGCAAAAUUGUGGAAAAUCUCCAAGAAAAAGGAUCUAUGCCUGUGUCUCAAAGAAAUGGCAUUGAUGGUCAAAACCAUUCAUAGACCUAGGGCUCAAGAACUGCCCAAGUAUUGUAAACUCAGUAGUCUUAUUAACAUUGUUUAUGAUGCUGAUUGUUCCAUCAAAUAA